AUGGACGAGAAGGGCUUUAUGAUAGGGGUCAUUGGCAGGUCAAAAAGAGUAUUCAACAAGCUUCAAUAUGAGAGGAAGGAGGUGCGGCAGUCUAUACAAGCUGGUAACCGGGAGUGGGUGACAGUGCUGGCUUGUGUAUGUGCUGAUGGGAGUGCUUUACCACCUGGUAUCAUAUAUGAGGCAGCUGGGCCAGCUAUACGAUCGAGCUGGGUGGACGAUAUCAAACCAGAACAGCACUCAGCACACUUCACUACAUCCCCUACAGGCUGGACAAACAACAACGUUGGCCUUGCCUGGCUUGAACAGGUGUUUGAUCGCUAUACCAAGCAGAAAUCACGUGUGCAGUACCGGCUCUUAGUUGUAGAUGGCCAUGGCUCCUAUAUAACGAUGGAGUUUAUCAAGUGCUGUGAUGAUCAUCGAAUUCUGCUGGCUAUACUGUCCCCGCACUCAACCCAGACUCUCCAGCCGUUGGACGUAGUCUGCUUCGCCCCACUGGCUCAUUUCUAUACUAUUGAGCUCACUGAGUACCUCCAGCAAAGCCUAGGGUGGCUCCCAGUCAAGAAAGGUGACUUCUUUCCACUGUUCUGGCGUGCUUGGGUGAAGAGCUUUACAGAGAGUACUGUAUUGAGCUCCUUCAGAGUUACUGGGAUAUGCCCACCUGAUAGUAGCCAAGUACUUGAUCGCUUCACCCACGGAACCCCUGAGGCAGCUGAGAGCUCUGAUUCGUCUACUUCUGUGUAUAGCGGUGACGACUGGGUCAAAGUCCAGAGUCUUAUCAAGGCUGCAGUGAAGGACAACGAUAGUAGAGAGACCCGGAAGCUUCAUCGGACUCUCCACCAUCUAUCAGUGCAGAAUCAGCUUAUACACCAUGAGCUGCAGGGCCUUAAGGAGGCUGUAAAGACUAAGAACAAGCACAACAAGAAGCCUAAAGUACUGCCUCUGCAGCGGGAGCAGGAAUAUUGGAGUGAAGUGACUUUCUGGUCACCUACCAAGCGACGUGAGGCAGAGGAGCGUUAUCAGCUACAACAACAACAGGAGGAAAGAGAAGAGCUUGCCAAAGUAGAGCAGCGGCAAGCACGCGAUAAGAAGAAGCAGGCACAGGAGGGAGAGAAGGAGGAGAGGCGUGUGGCGCGAGAGGAGAGGAAGAAAGUGCAGGAGAAGGAGAGAGCUGAACAGGCAGCUGAAAAACAACGUCAGAAAGACGCCCACAACGCUGCCAAACCUAUACAGUUAUCCCAAACAGGCAAGAAGAGAGCCUCAUUACUAUCUAUACAAAAGAGCAAGCGUCAAAAACGUGUGGUGGAUGCCGUGGGUGGUGCUCAAGCCCAGGAGGCCUCCUCAAGCCAACCACCCGUCACGACGUCACGCGGCCGCAGCGUCAGACUGCCAAGUAAAUUUAAAUAGUACAAAUUAAUCGUCAUACUUCAAUUACUACUACACCACAAUAUUAUAUAUAUUUACCAUUUGUGGGUGGCUG